AACACAUGUUUUAAGCUGACAGGGCUGGAGUGAGGGGUGACUGAACGGAGCUGGACAGCUGCACAAAGGAAACAAAAAGGAAACUGGUGUGUUGUUGUCGCCCUGCCAGUGAGGCUCAGUUGGGGGGUGAAAGCGGAAGACAGAAAGGCUUUUAUUUGUUGGAGGCAAGGAUAGCUUUCAAGGAAUCUGUUCUCUUAAUGCAACUUGAAGACCACUUGAAUAGCCAUGACCAGAACACCUGGAUUAUUAAUGCUCCUGUCUGCUCUAUGCUGCUGUUUAGCGGACAAUGUGGAGCUGCUCCGCACUAAGAGAGGGACUCGUUUUUACAGAGGUGAGCCUGACAGGCAGCCAACCAGAGGGACGCUUUUGGUUAUUCAUGUCCAGAAGUCUUCACCUUCCUUUGACUCCUCCUUAUAUUGUGUGGAUAGUGACACGUCAGCAGUGCGUAGUUUUGGGGACACUUGGCUGCGAUGGAGGGGACAGCGUGUGGAGUAUUGCCGUUGUGCAUUAAGAGGACGAGAGCGUUGUCAUAUUGUGCCCGUCAUCAACUGCUACACAUCUCAGUGCUACAACGGAGGAACCUGUAAGGAGGCUGUGUACACAUCAGACUUCAUUUGCCAGUGUCCCCCAGGCUUCAGUGGGACUCAGUGUGAGAUCAACACCAAUGAGAGGUGUGUUGUGGGGCAGGGUGAAGGGUACCGUGGCACAUGGAGCAACACCCAUUCAGGAACAGAGUGCAUCAACUGGAACUCUACAUCUCUGAGAGGACGGAGAUUCACUGCAAGAAAACUGGACGCCAGCAGUCUUGGACUGGGCAAUCACAACUUCUGCAGGAACCCUGACAAUGACAGCUCUCCUUGGUGUUACGUCUAUAAAGGCACUCAGAUCGUCUGGGAGUUUUGUUCCACGCCCAAAUGUCCGGAAGACAAGUACCGGGAAUGUGUCCAGGGUGACGGUCAGUCAUACAGAGGCACAAAAUCUGUCACAAAGAGUGGCUCUCGCUGUCUCCCAUGGGACUCUCCUGCUGUCAAGCACAAGCUCAACAAUGCUUGGAAAUCUGAGGCAUUGGAGAAGGGGCUGGGCAGCCACAGCUUCUGCAGAAAUCCAGAUGCUGAUGAAGGUCCAUGGUGUCACACCUACAAGAACAUGCAGCUGACCUGGGAGCUGUGUGACAUACCUAAAUGCUCGAGAAGUCCACCCAUAAUCACCACUCUUGGCCCACGUGCCCCAACCACUAACAACAACGGAGCAUCGUGUGGCCAGAGGUUAGACAACACCCUAAAUCGCCCGGUGUUCCGCAUGUUCGGGGGCAAAGUGAGUGACAUCACUGAGCAGCCAUGGCAGGCAGCCAUUAAUGUUUACCAGGCUCGUCUCAGAAAACACUUUCACCGAUGUGGAGGAGUCCUUAUUGACUCUUGUUGGGUCCUGUCUGCCGCACACUGCUUCGAGGACAAUGCUAAAGCAGAAAAAUUGGAAGUGAUUUUGGGAAGAACGUUUCGGAAACAGAAUUCCAAUAGUGAGCAGAUUUUCAAGGUUGAGAAGUACUGGAUCCAUGAGAAAUUUCACAACGAAACAUUUGACAAUGACAUCGCUCUCUUGAAACUGAAGACGGACAUUGGCAUCUGUGCUAUAAACUCUCCAGAGGUCCUUCCUGCGUGUCUGCCUGAACGUGGGCUGGAGCUGCCCGACUGGACUGAAUGUGAGAUCUCUGGAUAUGGAAAAGACUCCGAAUUUUCUGCAGAGUACUCAGAGCGUGUUAAGAGAGGUUAUGUCCGCCUGUGGCCCAAAGAGCGCUGCAUCCCAGAUGUGCUGUCUGGACGCACAAUUACCUCCAACAUGCUGUGUGCAGGUGACACCCGAGGCCUAGACGAUGCCUGCAAGGGAGACUCUGGGGGCCCACUCGUCUGUCGAAACAACAACAAGAUGACUCUGAUGGGUGUGAUCAGCUGGGGUGACGGGUGUGGGCAGAAGGAUAAGCCUGGGGUCUACACCCGUGUCACCCACUACAUCGACUGGAUCAACAGUAAAAUUAAAGCCAACCCAGUCUAAAGUUAGAGAGACCACCAAGAUGUUUUUUGAUGACUAUACCCAUGAAUACAGUGGUUAAAACAGCAGAUUUGUUUAUCAUUGAAAAGAUAGAUAAGGAGCUUCACAGGACUCUGAUUCUGCUGUUUAUCUGUUGAUCUAAAUCCAAACCAAUGGAGGUUUUACAGCAGCAGGAUGACUCCGACAGAGGCAAACAAAAAGGACCUCAAUCGUGAGUUUUCAUGCUCAGUGUAGCUCCGUGUUGUCAAGUUUUCUGUUCAUUACUGUGUUUAAUGUGACAGUAUGUAUGGAGGGCAACACAGAACAAACUUGUUUUCCUCUUUCUGGGCCAUUUUGAUAAUACUUUUGUCUUUUCAUGCGUGCAAAGUUUUUCUGAUUAUUGCAUCAAUCAAACUGGAGGCUCAGGCAAGAACAGGAGAAAUAGGAAACAUCAGUAUAUUCUCUCUGCUCCGACGUUCUUUAUACUGGUUUAUUUAAAGACAUCACAGUGGUAGACAUUUGGUCAGUAGCAUUUCAAUCUAAAUGAACACUUAACACAAGCAUUUACUCUGCACAACACAGUAAGUCAGAUAGGAAUGUAGGCAUUUUUUUGUGCAAAGAUUGACUUGUCAUCUAGACGUGACGUUAUGUUGGCUCGAUUACGCUUAAUGCAACACAUCAUGCAUUUGCAUUCUUUGGGGCUUUAGGGGGUUGCAGAUCUAAAAACAAAACGUAUCUGCUGGUUCAGAUUGUGCUUGUUUUUGCAGUUUGAACUCUUUUAGCUCCCCACCGCCUUGUAGAUUAGAUUUGGACAGGUGGAAGCUCUGAGAUAUUCAAUAUAACAAACCGGUGCCCUGUUUCUUGUUCUUACCAUCUUUUAAAAAUUAGAUUUCUAGAGCACUUCUUCGCCAUCUACACCUGGGUUGAGCCCAGUAUGUAUAUAACAUGUAUAUUGUCUCACUAUUGAUUUUACAUCGAAAACGAUCUUUUCUACUUAAAACUGCUUAUUGACUGCAAAGCUUUUCUUCUCAACAAACUCACUUUGUUCUGUGACCAGGUUUUAGAUGUUUUUUUUUUACUAAGUUAAUAUUUAUGUGUAUUUUGUAAUGGAGAAUUUGUUCUGUGUGUGCUGUAGUUUGAUAAUUUAUUGUAUUUCUCAUUAUAGCCACAUCUGGCAACAUACUCAUUUUUCAAUAAAUAAAAUUUGGAAUAAA